CAGAAAAAUAAACAUUCAUUUAAAUAAUUCAUUAUGGGUUUGGUUCGUAUAGUGGACUCGCAAAACCAGAAUAACGUGGUUUUGCGCCACCAGAGGGAGAACUUACACUGUAGACCAGACCAAAGCGGAUUAGACCGGAAUCUGUGUCGUUUAGUCCAGUGUUGUUAAACGAACGACAUUGACAGAUGAAAACACCGUGCAACCAUUUUAAAUAGUGACCGAUAGCACAUUAUACUGAAUUAUGGUUUAUGCCUGGAGAAAAUAUUAAUUUCGAAAUUCUUUGAACUUGGUUGAAGUUGAUAAAAAUGGAAGCGGCGUGGACGAAGCAAACCGAAGACCCCCUGUCAUUGAUGAGGUUUACGGUCCCACCUUUGCGGUUACUUACUGCGUCCAUGUGGCAGGUGACAGAACAGAGACAAGUAAAGCAUUAUGGGAUGCUGGAGGAGUUUGUAACUAUGGUGACAGAGACUGUCCCAGAGCUCCUAAAUUUCCGUCAAAGAGCCCAACUGGUACUUGGAUUAAGAGCAAGGUUCCUUUUGGAGUUGUGUCGUAGCGGGGAUCAGAUGGACCUGGAAGAUCUUCGGUCUCACCUGGAUCGAAUUCGGGCUCCUCGUGUGAACAACAGUGAGGUUGCUGAUGAAGACAUGGAGGAAUCUGAGGCCCGUUUCGUGGACCUCGUCCAGACCCUUAUCAACAACCCUGUGGAGAGAGAGCACUUUUUUCAGAACAUUUUUCCAGUGGAAUACGGCCCCAAGUUUGACAAAGCACUACACAGACUCAUGAAAGACUUUCUUCUACAGCUCGAUCGGAUGAUGUCAGUGCCAGAUCUGUCACAGAUGGUCACUUGGCUCAGGGCCCGCCCCUCUCUUCUGGAGGAAUGCAUUCAGUCGAUUUCAGUCCCAAAGCACAUGAAAAAUCUUCUUGAACGCCAGAGAGCUAAUGGACAUAUUCUGGAAAAUGAAACCCUUCGAUCCGCUCAGGACAACUCUAUAUUUUCCUCUCUGUCUCUUCCUCCGCUGGUUCGAGUUGUCAUCUCCGGUGAUCACGCAGAAUCUGGUGGCCCUUGUGAAUCAGAAAUGGAUUUAGAUAGCCACAGUUCCAAAACCUUGUCUGAUCCCAAUUCGUCCGACCGUAAAGCUGAAAAGAGGAAAUUCAAGACAAAUGAACUGAUGGAGAGAGAUGACGAUGACGACAAUGAUCAAAACUGGUCCGUUAAGAGUAAAAGGGAGACACGUGCCAAUUUUAAAGGCAAGAGGAACAUAUGUGAAGACUCUCCGGGUGAAGAGGGGAAUCAGACACGCACCAAAAAAUCCUCAAUGAGAUCCUGUAAAAGGAAAAGAGAUGAUAACACGGGAGCAUCCGGAGAAUUCACCUUUAUUAAUCACUUGGGAGCAUACACAGAAGAGGCUUCCUACCAAACCUCGGAUGCCUCUAAAGUCCCGUGGUCAGAUGAAGAAACCCACAGCCUCAUUGACAUAUGGGGGAAAGACAGCGUCCAGCGGAGCCUGAAAGACUGUGCCCGUAAUCGACACAUAUUUAACUUGAUCUCUAAGAAGAUGUGUGACAGAGGGUUCGCCAGAACAGCAGAGCAGUGUCACACCAGGAUAAAACGCUUAAAAAUGAGCUUUCGACAGUGUCACGAAAACAGUGUGAACGGAGGAGAGAAACCGGAUUGGAAAUUCUACAGUCAGUUGGAGAAAAUUCUGUGCAGCAAGGACUCAUCUACAGAUCAGGAAGACAACAUCGAUGCCAAUGAGACAAUCCCAGAAGAGUCCUUAGGACAGGAGGAGGAUGAGGACACCAAUGACUGGGAGAUUCUCGGUCAUAGUGGACUGGAAGGCACCAGAAAUGUCCUGUGGACCGAUCUGGAGACGCAAACUCUUAUCAAGAUCUGGGGAGAGGACAGAACCCAGCGAGAGCUGAGAGGAGUCCUCCAGAAUGGACACAUCUUUGCCAUGAUCUCAAAAAAGAUGGCCGCUCACGGUUACGUCCGAACAGCGGAACAGUGUCAGAGCAGAAUAAAACGAUUGAAGCUGUGUUUCAAACAAUGUUACGAUAAUAUCCUCAAUGAGGGUAAAGAGCCUGUUGAAUUUAAAUUCUAUAAACAAAUGGAGAAAAUCUUGGUUGAUGAAAAAACCAGCCAUGUGCUGAUGCCGGAGAUGUCAUGUGCAACAGAGAUCAAAGAGGAGGAGUCAACUGACAUCGAGUACCAGGUGUACAAGUACCAGGAAAUAGAAACAGCUAUAAACUGCAUGGAGGACAGAAAGAAGGUUGCGUGGUCUGAUGCUGAGACCUUGAUUCUUCUACAGUUAUGGGGAGAUGAGCAGGUCCAGAUGAACCUGCAGCGCUGCCCGCACAACGGCCACAUCUACGCUGAGAUCUCAGAGAAGUUAAACGCUCACGGUUACUCACGCUCAGCUGAACAAUGCCAAACCAGAAUCAAACGUCUGAAAAUCAGCUACAGGCAAUGCAGGGACAGCAUCGGUUUACCUGAAGCUGAGCAUGUUGAAUUUAAGUUUUAUGAUCUGAUGGAAGAUAUUUUUCAAAAGAAUUCGUCCUUGAAAGUUUCAGGAGCGUCAAAUGAUGAAUCUGACCAUGGCCCCAAAUCAGACCCCUGCAGUAGUGCAGAUCCGACAGCAUCAGAGCCCUGGUCAGACUCUGAAACUGAAGCUCUCAUAGACACUUGGGCAGAAGAUGACGUGCAGGAAGCCCUAAGAGACUCUCCCCACAACACCAACGUGUUUGCUGAUAUAGCAGAGAAGCUGAACAGUCAGGGCUUCCUCAAAACACCCGAGCAAUGCAGAUGGAAGGUCAAGAACUUGAGGAAGCAUUUCCAAGAGUGUUAUGAAAGAAUAAAAUGUGGUGAAGAGAAAGAAGAUUAUAAGUUCUAUGAUAAACUGGAGCAGAUUUUGGGUGAUGAGGAUUUUCGCCUGGAAGACUUUGACGAUAAAGAAGAUCAAGAUGCAGAAUCCCAGUGGCCAUCUGUGACAUCAGUUGGUGAAUUAGGCAGGAAGAUGCCCUGGUCUGACCGGGAGACCCAGGCGCUGCUGGAGAUCUGGGGCGAGGGCCGUGUGCAGCACAGUCUCAAGAGCUGUGUGAAAAACAGGCACAUAUUCAGAUAUAUUUCAAGGAAGAUGAUAGCACAGGGGUUCAACAGAACGGGUGAGCAAUGCCACUCGCGUUUGAAAAGACUUAAAGCCCAGUUUUACUAUGAUAGCAGGGAGGAGUUUAAAUUUUAUGAUCAGAUGGAAAAGAUUAUUUUAAACAAACCUGCCGAUGAACAGGCCAUCAGUGAGCUAGACUCUAUUACUGACUCUGAUUCAGAAUCCUUAGCUCUGUCCAAACCUCUCCCUGGAGACGGGCCGAAGAUGGCGUGGGGUGACAGCGAGACUCGAGCUCUCAUAUGCAUUUGGGGGAGCGACCAGAUCCAGGAGAAGCUGAAGUGCUGCGUCAAACGCAAACCUGUUUUUCAGCAGAUUGCCAAUGGCAUGGCUGAGAAGGGCUACAGUAGGACUGACGAACAAUGUCGGACCAGGAUCAAAAGGUUGAAGGCCAGUUACCGUCAGUGCCUUGACAGUCCAAGAAAUGAAGGGGAGCAGGUGGAGUGGAAAUUCUUUAACCAGAUAAAGAAAAUAUUUGACAAGCAUUAUCCAAAUUCAGAUGAGGCUGAGAGCACCAUGACUCAAGAGCCAGAGACGGCUGGAAAGAAAACAUCUAGCAGAUCUACAAAGUCACAAAGCUCGGUGUGACCACCAACGCUUGGGAAUCUCUGUAGAAGAAAUGAGACCUAAGUUCUCCAGGAUAUCUGGGCUGUAGAGCACAAACAUGACCUAUCUGAUGAGGUAUUUGCUGUCAUGUGACCUGUGGAUCAGUGGAUAGAAAUACACAAACCCCUAAUCUGAUGAACGUGAGAAUCAAUUAGGGGUUCGCUGCUUAAAAUUCACCCUUCGACUAUACAGCAACACCAGAAGAAACAUUCUUUUUUUUUUAAUGGCAUUUUUGUACAUCUAAAAGACAUUUGAGUAACGUGCUGUUAUCAUGUGAUAUCAGUAGGUCACACUUUCACUGGGUAAUGCUAAAAACACUGAAGCUGCUUGCUUGCUA